GACAGGUGGCGAGGAGCUGGAGGGAGCGCUAUUUGGUUCAGACUCCGAAGCGCUUUCUGGGGAGGAAUCUGUGGAUGCCGAGGAGGAGGCUAACUUCAGCGCAGCGGUCCUGGCAGAUCUGGGAGAUGUCAACGACGAGCCACAAGCUAUGGAGGAUGGCUAUCCUGUGCAGCACUGGGAAGACUGUGCUCGGGAGGUACUUCCAGGUUACGAAGGCUUCAACCGCCGCGCCACGGCGGUGAUGAUCAAAUCGGAAGUUGGCCAGGGGCAACUCCAGGUCACCUUCGACGAACAGGCCGCAUGCCCGCCUCUGCAGCCGCACCAGGAG